AUGAGGAACGUUGGCUGGCUAUCACGGAUGCUGACUGGAACGGUGGCUGGCCGGCAGGAACGCUGCCAGGAACGCUGGCAGGAACGCUGGCUGACCGGCAGGAAUGCUAGUUGGCUGGCAGGAACGCUGGCACGAACGCUGUGUGGCCAGGAGGAAAGCUGCCUGGCUUGCAGGAGUGCUGGCAGGAACGCUGGUAGGAACACUGGCAGGAAUGCUUGCUGGCUGGCAGCAACACUGGCAGGAAUACUGGCUGGCUGGCAGGAGCGCUGGCUGGCUGGCAGGAACGCUGGCAGGAAUACAGGAUGGCUGGCAGGAGCGCUGGCCGGCUGCCAGGAACACUUGCAAGAAUACUGGAUGGCUGGCAGGAGCGCUGGCUGGCUGGCAGGAACGCUGGCAGGAAUACAGGCUGGCUGGCAGGAGCGCUGGGUGGAUGCCAGGAACACUGGCAGGAACGCUGGCAGGACUGCUGGGAGGAUACUGACUGGCUGGCAGGAACACUGGCAGGAACGCUGGCUGAAAGCCAGGAACGCUGACUGCCUGGCAGGUACGCUGGCAGGAAUACUGGCUGGCUGGCAGGAGCGCUGGCUGGCUGGCAGGAAGCUGGCAGGAACGCUGGCUGGCCGGCAGGAAUGCUGGCAGGAACGCUGGCUGGAACACUGGCAGGAAUGCUUGCUGGCCGGCAGGAAUGCUGGUUGGCUGGCAAGAACGCUGGCAGGAACGCUGGCUGGCCACGAGGAACGCUGA